AUGAGUGUCCAAAGUAAACAGCUUUCUGCUUUCAAGGUCACUUCUAUUAAAAACCUCUUAACACUAACUAAGCUAAUACUGAACAGACCCUUUUAGUCGUUUGUUUGGUCCAAACAAUGGUUUGGUUGAAUUUUGGCCCAUCUCUAAAUUCAAUAAACUAUCGCAAAGUCAUUGUUGCAGGAGCGACGAUUUUGGCAAUACAUUUACAUAUUAGUCAUUUAGCAGACUCUUAUCCAGACCGACAUGCGUUUUCGUACAUUGACCCUUUGACCCUGGCAAAUGCCACCUCCCACACCUCCAUGCAUGAUGUUCUUUAUUUGCUUGCUCCACGUCAGAUCCAUGCUAGUAGCACAAAACGUCAGAGGUACACACUGUAAGUAGGUGGCUUCUAACCAAUGAUGUAGCACAUAUGUCAGAGGUACACACUAUUUGUAUUUUUUUAUUAGGGAUCCCCCACUCUUCCUGGGGUCCAAACAUAUUAAGGCACUUACAUUACAUGUAAAACAAAAGAUAAAACAGUACAUCAUUUAACAUUAUUAAACCACUACAUAUUUACAAUACAAAAUGUAUAAUACCACCAUACAACAAUAUUACAACGUACGUGCGUGUGCUAGCACUUGUGUGCGUAUGCGUGUCUACCUUUUGUGUGUGUCCCUGCUGUUCCAUAAGGUAUAUUUUGACCUGUUUUUUUAUUUUAUUUAAUUUUUUUUUCUGAUUCUACUGAUUUGGAAUAGAGUUCAAUGUAGUCAUGGCUCUAUGUACAGUGAGGGGAAAAAAGUAUUUGAUCCCCUGCUGAUUUUGUAAGUUUGCCCACUGACAAAGAAAUGAUCAGUCUAUAAUUUUAAUGGUAGGUUUAUUUGAACAGUGAGAGACAGAAUAACAACAACAAAAUCCAGAAAAACGCAUGUCAAAAAUGUUAUAAAUUGAUUUGCAUUUUAAUGAGGGAAAUAAGUAUUUGACCCCCUCUCAAUCAGAAAGAUUUCUGGCUCCCAGGUGUCUUUUAUACAGGUAACGAGCUGAGAUUAGGAGCACACUCUUAAAGGGAGUGCUCCUAAUUUCAGCUUGUUACCUGUAUAAAAGACACCUGUCCACAGAAGCAAUCAAUCAAUCAGAUUCCAAACUCUCCACCAUGGCCAAGACCAAAGAGCUCUCCAAGGAUGUCGGGGACAAGAUUGUAGACCUACACAAGGCUGGAAUGGGCUACAAGAUCAUCGCCAAGCAGCUUGGUGAGAAGGUGACAACAGUUGGUGCGAUUAUUCGCAAAUGGAAGAAACACAAAAUAACUGUCAAUCUCCCUCGGCCUGGGGAUCCAUGCAAGAUCUCACCUCGUGGAGUUGCAAUGAUCAUGAAAACGGUGAGGAAUCAGCCCAGAACUACACGGGAGGAUCUUGUCAAUCUCAAGGCAGCUGGGACCAUAGUCACCAAGAAAACAAUUGGUAACACACUACGCAGUGAAGGACUGAAAUCCUGCAGCGCCCGCAAGGUCCCCCUGCUCAAGAAAGCACAUAUACAUGCCCGUCUGAAGUUUGCCUCUGAACAUCUGAAUGAUUCAGAGGGGAACUGGGUGAAAGUGUUGUGGUCAGAUGAGACCAAAAUCGAGCUCUUUGGCAUCAACUCAACUCACUGUGUUUGGAGGAGGAGGAGGAAUGCUGCCUAUGACCCCAAGAACACCAUCCCCACCGUCAAACAAGGAGGUGGAAACAUUAUGCUUUGGGGGUGUUUUUCUGCUAAGGGGACAGGACAACUUCACCGCAUCAAAGGGACGAUGGACGGGGCCAUGUACCGUCAAAUCUUGGGUGAGAACCUCCUUCCCUCAGCCAGGGCAUUGAAAAUGGGUCGUGGAUGGGUAUUCCAGCAUGACAAUGACCCAAAACACACGGCCAAGGCAACAAAGGAGUGGCUCAAGAAGAAGCACAUUAAGGUCCUGGAGUGGCCUAGCCAGUCUCCAGACCUUAAUCCCAUAGAAAAUCUGUGGAGGGAGCUGAAGGUUUGAGUUGCCAAACGUCAGCCUCGAAAGCUUAAUGACUUGGCGAAGUUCUGCAAAGAGGAGUGGGACAAAAUCCCUCCUGAGAUGUGUGCAAACCUGGUGGCCAACUACAAGAAACGUCUGACCUCUGUGAUUGCCAACAAGGGUUUUGCCACCAAGUACUAAGUCAUGUUUAGCAGAGGGGUCAAAUACUUAUUUCCCUCAUUAAAAUGCAAGUCACUUUAUAACAUUUUUUACAUGCAUUUUCUGGAUUUUUUUGUUAUUCUGUCUCUCACUGUUCAAAUAAACCUACUAUUAAAAUUAUAGACUGAUCAUGUCUUUGUCAGUGGGCAAACGUACAAAAUCAGCAGUGGAUCAAAUACCUUUUCCCUCACUGUAGUACUGUGUGUCUCCCAUAGUCUGUUCUGGACUUGGGGAUUGUGAAGAGACCUCUGGUGACAUGUCUUGUGGGGUAUGCAUGGGUGUCCGAGCUGUGUGCUAGUAGUUUAAACAGACAGCUCGGUACAUUCAGCUUGUCAACACUUCUUACAAAAACAAGUAGUGAUGAAGUAGGUGGCUGUGAGUAGGUGGCUUCUGACCAAUGAUGUAUCAUUUGCUUCUAACAGAUUGGAUGAGUCUUUUUUCCUUUGGCCUUGUUUGCCUUUGAAUUAUCUCCACCACUUAGUCUGAAGGAAUGGUUCUCCUUGGCUACAAUGCAUGCCUAUCAAAAUGAAAGUUGUAGUCUGACACAUCAGGAAAAGUAGUAAUAGCAAGCUUUGUCCAAUGCUUGAAAGGAUCAGCAGCAAAGUCAAGUCAUUCGCAUACUGGCCAUUUUUCAUAGACAUCUGAGUAACCUAACUGCAGUAGUACUACAGUUCAACUAGCUUAAUCAUGUGUGGACAUCUCAAUGAAAUAAUAGACCUACUCUUGGCUUUCCAGAAAUGUAUCCAAUGCCAGGAGUUUUCCCUCACCAUCAUACUCAGUUUGCACUCCCUCCAUUUUUGUCCCCACACAAACUGUCCGUCAUUGUCCAUCGCGGGCUUUAUGUCCAGCCUCCAUUACUGCUGACCUUGCAGAUUCUUUUACAAAGUAAUGUAUCGCACACAAAAAAUAAAAUGAACCGCAACUAGAAAAGCCUGACAGAGCAAAGAGAAGAAAACAAUCACACCAUCAUUGCUGUAGCCCAGGAGCUUUCCCUCUUCUAGAACCAGCAUGGUUAGGCUAUUUGGUCAAUUGGACCUCUACCCACACCAUACUUCCUCCCUCACCCCCUUGUGUGGUGUGCACCAACUCACCCUUUUUGUUUUCUGUUCAUGUGAGGAUAUCCCUUCAAGUUCUCAAAAGUACCGCUUUCAAGUCCCCAAUAGAAAUAGUUGUUGAUAAACAGUAGGGUUUAUUAGAGUGUUGACGUUGCGCGUCAUGGUUUCUAUUUUAGAAUGGCCAGAGAGUAGCAGUCAAUCCCAGAGUGCGCCGGGUGACUGGUCACUGUGUGUUGGAGCGGAGUGUUCGUGAAUAGAUCGGCCAAGCUUUUCAGAAACUGCUGGCCUGGCUGUCAUGUGCAGUGAGAGGGGAAGUGUGAAUUCUGUGCUUGUGUGUGUGUGUGAGGCCGAGUGUAUACGUGCCUUAAUGUGUGUUUGAGCGAUUUGAGGGAGCGGUGAUGUGAGUGAAUAUACUGGGAGUCUCUCAUAGACUGCUAUAUUGCCUCCCAGCUCAGAACACAUGGGCCUAGAGACUAUUAGCGCUGGGCUAGGCGUAUAUGCCAAUUAGAAAACUCAUUGGGACAGAACUUUGUAGUGGCCGAAAAUGACUUUUUCUUUUCAAAGUAUCUGCGGGUCUACAAAGGUGGCUUUGGAGUCUUCUAGCCUAAGUGUCCAAAAUGUAGCCUAGCGUAGGGCUAACUGGAGGGCCAGUGGACUGAUUCUGGGGAGCACAAAGAAUUCUGGGGGAUGAAGGAAGUUUGGGUGACAGAUGGCGACAGGGGGGUCCAGGGAACAAGGCCUUGUGGGGAAAGGACACCUUCACUUCUCUCUGUUGGUAAGGCCUGAAACUGCUAGCCAUAUCCUUUUGGGGAGGCUAUGUUGCGCCAGAUUCUACUUUCGGUCUUGUUGUCUUUCCUCUUAAGUCCCUUGAAUCCACAUUCAACAUUUUGUUGUAACAGUACACUGACUCCACGAUUAGCUUUAGCCUGUUUUAUCGGUCUUCAACAUUCUGAUAGGCUACUCCUUCAUCUUUCGAAGUCCUAUUGUCAACAGUGGAUCGUCAGAAUAAAAAUAGAGAAGCCCAAUUGCCUCGGUUAAUGCUAGGACUCCCUGUUUUGUUUGUUUGUUAUUUGGGUUCGUGCCUAGUUCGAGAGUCUUCAAAGCUUAUAUGCAAAAGUUGAAAUGUCUUGUCAAUAAGCAUUCAACCCCUUUGUUACGGCAAGCCUAAAUAAGGUCAGGAGUAACAAUUUGCAAAUAACAGGUAACAUAAUAAGUUGCAUGGACUCACUCUGUGUGCAAUAAUAAUGUUUAAAAUGACUACCUUAUCUCUGUACCCAACACAUAAAAUUAUCUGUAAGGUGCCUCAGUCGAGCUGUGAAUUUCAAACACAGAUUCAACCACAAAGACCAGGGAGGUUUUCCAAUGCCUCACAAAGAAGGGCAUCUAUUGGUAGAUGGGUAAAAAAGACAAGAAAAAAAAAAAGACAUUGAAUAUCCCAUUUAGCAUGGUGACGUUAUUAAUUACACUUUGGAUGUUGUAUCAAUAGACCCAGUCACUACAAAGAUACAGGUGUCCUUCCUAGCUCAGUUGCCGGAGAGGAAGAAAACCACUCAGUGAUUUCACCAUGAGGCCAAUGAUGACUUUAAAACAGUUACAGGGUUUAAUGGCUGUGAUGGGAGAACUGAGGAUGGAUCAACAACAUUGUAGUUACUCCACAAUACUAACCUAAUUGACAGAGUGAAAAGAAGGAAGCCUGUACAGAAUAUAAAUAUUCCAAAACAAGCAUCCUGUUUGCAACAAUGCACUAAAGUAAUACUGCAAAAAAUGUGGCAAAGCAAUUCACUUUUUUUCCUGAAUACAAAGUGUUAUGUUUGGGGCAAAUCCAAUACAACACAUUACUGAGUACCACUCUCCAUAUUUUCAAGCAUAGUGGUGGCUGCAUCAUGUUAUGGGUAUGCUUGUAAUCGUUAAGGACUGUGGAAUUUUUCAGGAUAAAAAAUUAACUGAAUUGUGCUAAGCACUGGCAAAAUCCUAGAGGAAAACCUGGUUCAAUCUGCUUUCCACCAGACAAUGGGAGAUUCAUUCACUUUUCAGCAGGACAAUAACCUAAAACACAAAGCCAAAUCUACACUGGAGUUGCUUACCAGGAGAACAGUGAAUGUUCCUGAGUGGCCGAGUCACAGUUUUGACUUAAAUCUACUUGAAAAUCUAUGGCAAGACCUGAAAAAGGUUGUCUAGCAAUAAUCAACAACCAAUUUGACAGAGCUUGAAGAAUAAUGGGCAAAUGUUGCACAAUCCAGGUGUGUAAAGCUCUUCAGAGACUUACCCAGAAACACUCACAGCUGUAAUCGCUCCCAAAGGUGCUUCUACAAAGUAUUGACUCAGGGGUGUAAAUACUUACGUCAAUGACAUUUCUGUAUUUCAUUUGCAAUACAUUUACAAAAAUGUCUAAACAUGUUUUCACUUUGUCAUUAUGGGGUAUUGUGUGUGUAUAUGGGUGAGAAAUAAAUAUACAAUUUUAAUCUAUUUUGAAUGCAGGCUGUAACAACAAAAUGUGGAAUAAGUUAAGGGGUAUGAAUACUUUCUGAAGGCACUGUAAGUCUGAUACAUGUUGUCAGAAAGAAUUGAUGUAUUCCCAACAUUUCUAAUUAGGCCUAGGUAAGCUGUUUUACAGAGCAUUUCAGGCAAGGAGCCUACCAGGAGUACCAAAACAUCUCUCAAUAUUGAUUUGUUUCCUGUAGCCUAUCACACUGAUAUAACCUCAGACCUGUCUUAGUGACAAAACAGCAUAGAAAGAUAGUGAUCCAUCAUUUUUGAAACCCUAUAAAUAGGAACUCCAUAUAAGGUGUGUCAAUGCAUCAUCAUGAGUAGUUAAAGGAAAUUACAUCACCAGAUUAUUUUGUUGGGUAUGUAAUGAUGGACCUUGAUCUUCCUCAGAGCAGUGGAUCUUUUAACCUAUAAUAAUUCAUCAACACUCAUUAAUUCCAAGGGUCAAGAAAGCUUGUUUAAAACACUUACGCUAGGUUAUUGGCAUCUCAGUUUAGCGUGACAAUAUUUUAGAGUGGACAUGAUCCUGGGAAGGUAAAUGUAUGUUGUAUUCUGCCAACGAACUUGGAUAGCCUACUAGGCUAUAUUAUCCUAGUAUUCUAAAAAGUGUAUUGUUUUGUAUUCUAGCUCGAUUAUUGUGUUUGGUCCAUCUUGGUUUUGAUUUAACCAGGUAAGAAACACAUGGGAAGAAACAACAGGUGAAAGCAAUAUGGCAGAAGCCCACAGGGGAGUGUAGUUUAUAGGGAGGAAGAGAGAAGAGGAUAGCCUACCUUAUUAUUGAACGACAACAAAUUGUUUGCCUUUCAUGAAGUUUGAAAACAUGUUACAUCAUUUGCAGUAGGAGCCUGGACUAGGCCUUAUGUAUUCUCGAUUCAAUAACAUUGAUUGGUAGAGAAUUGUGAAACCGUUGGACAAGAAUUGCACCUUGACCCCCCCCCCCCCCCCCCCCCCCCCUCCCCUCCUGCUCUCUCUCUCUCUCUCUCUCUCUCCAGUCCCAGACCAUGAACUACGUGGGGCAGCUGGCAGAGUCUGUGUUUGUGACGGUGAAGGAGCUGUACCGGGGCCUGAACCCAGCCACGCUCACGGGGGGCAUCGAUGUCAUCGUGGUGCGGCAGCCCGACGGCAGCCUCCAGUGCUCCCCGUUCCACGUGCGCUUCGGCAAGCUUGGGGUGCUGCGCUCCAAAGAAAAAGUGGUGAGUAUGGAGAAAGACUGGAGUGUGUGUGGUGUAGCCUACACAUAAUGGGUGCAAGUACAGUGCCUUCAGAAAGUAUUCACACCCCUUGACUUUUUCCACAUUUUGUUGUGUUACAGCCUGAAUUUAAAAUUGAUUAAAUUGAGAUUUUUUGUCAGUGGCCUACACACAGUACCACAUCAUGUCAAAGUGGAAUUAUGUUUUUAGACAUUUUUAUAAAUUAAUAAUAAAUGAAAAGCUGAAAUGUCUUGAGUCAAUAAGUAUUCAAUCCCUUUUUUAUGGCAAGCCUAAAUAAGUUCAGGAGUAAGAAAUUUGCUUAUCAAGUCACAAGUUGCAUGGACUCACUCUGUGUGCAAUAAUAGUGUUUAACAUGAUUUUUUUGAAUGACAUACAAUUAUCUGUAAGGUCAAACAGUGAAUUUCAAACAGCGAUUCAACCACAAAGACCAGGUAGGUUUUCCAAUGCCUUGCAAAGAAGGGCACCUAUUGGUAUAUGGGGUAAAAAAACAUUGAAUAUCCCUUUGAGCAUGGUGAAGUUAUUAAUUACACUUUGGAUGGUGUAUCAAUAUACCAAGUCACUACAAAGAUACAGGCGUCCUUCCUAACUCAGUUGCCGGAGAGGAAGGAAACCACACAGGGUUUUCACCGUGAGGGCCAAUGGUGACAUUAAAACAGUUACAGAGUUUAAUGGCUGUGAAAGGAGGACUGAGGAUGGAUCAACAACAUUGUAGUUACUCCACAAUACUAACCUAAAUGACAGAGUGAAAAGAAGGAAGGCUGUACAGAAUAAAAAACAUGCAUCCUGUUUGCAACAAGGCACUAAAGUAAAACUGCAAAAACAGUGGCAAACAAAUGACUCUGUCCUGAAUACAAUGCUUUAUGUUUGGGGCAAAUCCAUAACUGCAUCAUGUUAUGGGUAUUGUCAUCUGCAAGGACUAGGGAGUUUUUUUGGAUAAAAAUAAACUGAAUAGAUCUAAGCACAGGCAAAAUCCUAGAGGAAAACCUGGUUCAGUCUGCUUUCCAACAGACACUGGGAGACAAAUUCACUUUUCAUCAGGACAAUAACCUAAAACACAAAGCCAAAUCUACACUGGAGUUGCUUACCAAGAAGACAGUAAAUGUUCCUGAGUGGCCGAGUCACAGUUUUGACUUAAAUCUACUUGAAAAUCUAUGGCAAGACCUGAAAAUGGCUGUCUAGCAAUGAUCAACAACCAAUGUGACAGAGCUUGAAGAAUUUAAAAAAUAAUAAUGUGCAAAUAUUGUACAAUCCAGGUGUGCAAAGCUCUUAGACUUACCCAGAAAGACUCACAGCUGUAAUCACUGCCAAAGGUGAUUCUAACGCGUUGAUUCAGGGGAGUGAAUACUUAUGUAAAUGAAAUAUUUAUAUAUUUCAUUUUCAAUACAUUUGCAAAAAUGUUUAAAAACAUGUUUUCACUUUGUCAUUAUGCGGUAUUGUGUGUAGAUGGGUGAGAAAACAAAUGCAUGUAAUAAAUGUUGAAUUCAGUCUGUAACACAACAAAAUAUGAAAUAAGUCAAGGGGUAUGAAUACUUUCUGAAGGCACUGUAUAUAAGCAGAUACAGACAGAUCGACAGACACACACCCUCUUUCUUACCCUCUCUCACAUACGCACACUUUCUCUCGCAUGCACACGCUCUCUCUUAAACACUCACACUCACACACACUGACUGUGACUGUGUGUGUUGCAGGUGGACAUUGAGAUCAAUGGGGAGCCAGUUUACCUGCAAAUGAAGCUGGGGGACAACGGAGAAGCUUUUUUUGUGGAGGAAAAUGAAGAUUUUGAGGUUUGUCCAAUAAAAAAUAUUUGGAGACAAUCUGAUCCUAUAGGUCUGUUCAUUAGUGGAGGAUAACCUCUUUUUGUAGACGUGUUAAGCUAAUAGGGAAGGUGACAUGACGUAGCCUGUUUUUGUUUGUUCUUUGGCUUUUUGACAAUGUACAAUGCCUAUCAUAAGCAUUCAUCCCCCUUGGAUUUCUUCACAUUUUGUUGUUACAAAGUGGGAUUAUAAUGUAUUUGUCAUUUUUGGUCAAUGAUCUACACAAAAUACUCUGUCAAAGUGGAAGACAAAUGAUCUAACAUUUGUUAAAGAUUUAAUGAAAAAUAAAACACUAAUAUACAUUGAUUAGAUAAGUAUUCACCCCCUUAGUCAAUACAUGUUAGAAACACCUUGGGCAGCAAUUACAGCUGUGAGUCUUAUUAGGUUGGCGCCUGGCGACUCCAAAGUGAGGUGUAAACCUCACCGCCAUUGGCAGUCCGACUGACAAAUCUGGGUUUGGCGGAUGCCAGGAGAACGCUACCUGACCCAAUGCAUAGUUCCAGCUGUAAAGUUUGGUGGAGGAGGAAUAAUGGUCUGGGGCUUUUUUUUCAUGGUUCGGGCUAGGCCCCUUAGUUCCAGUGAAAGGAAAUCUUAACGCUACAGCAUACAAUGACAUUCUAGGCGAUUCUGUGCUUCCAACUUUGUGGCAACAGUUUGGGGAAGGCCCUUUCCUGUUUCAGCAUGACAAUGCCCCCGUGCACAAAGCGAGGUACAUACAGAAAUGGUUUGUCGAGAUCGAUGUGGAAGAAGUUGACUGGCCUGCACAGAGCCCUGACCUCAACCCCAUCCAACACCUUUGGGAUGAAUUGGAACGCCGACUGCUACCCAUGCCUAAUCGCCCAACAUCAGUGCCCGAACUCACUAAUGCUCUUGUGGCUGAAUGGAAGCAAGUCCCCGCAGCAAAGCCUUCCCAGAAGAGUGGAGACUGUUAUAGCAGCAAAGGGGGGACCAACUCCAUAUUAAUGCCCAUGAUUUUGGAAUGAGAUGUUCGACGAGCAGGUGGCCACAUACAUUUGGUCAUGUAGUGUAUUUCAAUCCCACUUUGUCAUGCAACAAAAUGUGAAAGAAUCCAAGGGGGUGAAUACUUAUGAUACUCGCUGUAUGUGUAGCCUAGUACGUUAACACAACCCAUUUGUAUUUUAGUUGUGCCUUAAUUUUCUCCCCUUCAUCCCCAGUCCAGAGUGCCAGCCCACCUCUGCACGUCGCCCAUCCUCAUCGAGCUCCCGGAGGGGGCCGAGGAAACCUUCGAAGGCCCCCCCUGUUCCGGUAGCACACGCAGGAAAAAGCGGCGGCGCAAACGCAUACGCUCCGACUCCCACCUAAGAGAAGAUGGUAGCUCCUCGUCCGAUGAGAGGGAGAGAGAGCGGGAGCAGACGGAACAGGAGAGCCCUUCCAAAGAAGAGCCCACCACACCCAUGCUCGCCAGGUCAAUGUCAACUCCCGUUAAACAUUCAUUCUAUUGGUUAAGAAUGACUAUUCUAUCGGAUUCAUUGUGCCUGCCAAGCUAAAUCAAACACACCUCAAGUGUUAGGUGAAAAAGAUAUAUAUAUUUAACCCAGGUCCUAUUGUUAGAUAUAGCAUUCGGUAUAUGGCUUUGAAUGAUCAGCUUUAUGUUCUGAUAUAUCCUGUGGCUUGCUCUUUUGUCUCUCUAACAGUAAGUCUGUGUAUUUCUCGCUGUUUGAGGAACCGUAUGAAGAGUUGGGGGCCGUGCAGACCAGGGACGUACAUCCUCACUCAGAGGGAGAGUGGUCCCCAUCAGAGAGCAGGUCAGACAACUUACCAUCUAAGGCAUUGGUUUUCCACCGGUGUGAUUUAUUAUUUUAAACACUCACUUAGAAACGUGACUUGUGGAAUGCACAUGGAAUUUUGCCUUGGGAGCACCAGUGCUGCUCAGAUAAUACAUUGAAUGGCACACAUGGUUACAUCUGUGUUGUUGUUUCCAGUCAGGUGCACUCAGGCUGACAAACCGUUCAAACCUAAAGACCUAUUUUACCGAGGUAUAACAUAUUUCGGCUCGCUGAAGAGCGGUACUGAAUUGAGGAAAUGAAUGCGAGCCCCGCUGUUAUUGCCAGGAAGGCGAGGCUUCCGAGGGCGGGCUCUGCAUUGUAUUCUUUCUAGCGCAGUUUCGGCAGGACGCUCUUAAAAGGGUACACACAAAUUCAUCAUCAUAAGUAAGGAACUAUCUAUAUAGUUAAAAUAAUCCUGAUUUAAUCGAUAAACAUUUGUCAAAUAAUUUAUAAUUUGUAGUAUGGAUCAGAUGAGAUGGCCAUUACCACUAAAUCAAUUAAUAGGGACAUUUUAGGUGUGCAGUGUAAUUUUGUUAUCCCAUCGAGGUGUGCCACGGUUUAAAAAAAGGUUGGGAACCACGGCUCUAAGGGGCGGUUUCCUGGACACAGAUUAAAGGAAUAUUCCACACAAAACCACAAAUUACUAUACAGUGUUAAAUAACACAGAAACAUAUUUUUUGUGAAGAAAUGUUUCACUUUGUCGUUAUACAAAAAUAAUAGGGGUUGUCAUGAUUUCUUUAUGACUACCCCUUCCUAUGUCCCCCAUACAUACAUCUGUAAGUAUUGAAUUUCAAGCACAGAUCAAAGACAGAGACCAGGGAGCUUUUCGAAAGCCUCAUAAAGAAGGGCAGUGAUGGGUAACAAUAACAAAUCAGGCAUUGAAUAUCUAUUUUAAGCAUGGUCAAGUGAAUUUUUGCUGUGGGUGACGUAUUAUACCACCCAGACACAACAAAGAUAGUUGUCCCUCAGGAAAUGAGCUGCAGGACAGGAAGGAAACUGCUCAGGGUUGUCACCAUGAGGCCAUUGGCGCUUUUAAACAGCAACAGAGUUCAAUGGCUGUGUAUUCCAAAACAUGCUUCCUGUAUACAACAGGGCACUAAAGUAAUACUGCAAAGGAAUAAACAUUAUGUCCUAAAUGCAAAGCCUUAUGUUUGGGGCAUAUCCAACACAUCACUGAGUAACUGCCUCCUUAUUUUCAAGCAGGUUGUGGCUACAUGGUAUGGGUAUGCUUGACAUCGGCAAAGACUGAGACAUUUUUAGGAUAAAAAUAAACAAGAUGGAGCUAAGCACAGGCAAAAUCCUAGAGGAAAACCUGUUCAGUCUGCUUUACACCAGACACUGGUAGAUGAAUUCACCUUUCAGCAGGAAAAUAACUUACUAGCUAGCAUAGCUAGCCUUGUGUUGUAACGUUAGCAUAUCAAACAUGAACAUUUACCCCUCAUAUAAAUAUAAAAGUACAGUUUCAGUGUAUUAAAAUGACCUUAGAUCAAACCAGGCUUCAUUAUACUGUAUGAGGUAAACGCAAAAUUGCGACUGAAAACGUUGAUAAUACCCCUGGUGAGUUGAUCAGCUUCUUACUGCAUGCUUCUUGCUUGGACGGUGGCUCAAAGCAGCCAAGGGGGUAAAAAACACAAUUUCUUAACACUACAACUGCUAAAGCAGUCAUUUUGACUGCUCAUUAAGUUAUUUAUUUUAUUACUCUCCCAUUUUUAAAGUCAUGCCCCCCUCCCUCCUUGACAUUUCCUAAAUAAGUCUAUAUAACACACAGACGUUGAUAGAAUCGUAAUAUCACAAACAGACCUGGCGUUAUAACCAGUUUUAGGAGGGCAUGUCAUUAUUUGAAUGGUUUUCCCUCCUGUUGCCCCUCCUUCUCCAACAGUAGAACCUGCUCCGCUCAUUCUCCCGACAUUGGAAGGUGCCCAGUUGAUAAUUGCCUCGAAACUGAAUCUAAACUAUACCAAAACUAAUUUCACACAUAUAACAACAGAUAAAGUAAAGUAUGAUCGUGGAGAAUGGGUGAGUUGAUGAGCGAGGGGAAGCAAACUAUGCAUAAUUAUGUAAUCACUGAUUGUGAAUGAAGUACAGUGCGGGCCAUGUUAUUGUAUUGGUAUAUUCUAAUUAUUAUAAUCUCAAAAUGGUAUGUACCCUAUAUCAGUUCACCAAAUCCAAGCAGUCUUAUCAGACUACUCUGGCCUACUUGGAGUACACAGUGAGAAUGUGCGUAAUUUACAAUGGCAAGAAGACCAAGACGAAUGGAUGCACAUGCUGCGUUAGCGCUGCUACAAGAUCUGAAUGAAAACGACUCCGAUGGUGGGGAAGAAAUGAAUCAUGACAUCUCUGAUUAUAGUUUUUCUGAUUCUGAGACGCAGCCUAUACCUACACCUCCGAGGCCUAAGCGCAAAAAAGCCAGAACGAUACGCACUAAGCAGGUGGACGGCACCAUUUGGAUAGAAUAAGCCGGUGACAAUACUAUGGGUCAAUUAUCAGUACAAAAUGUAAUCACUGAGAGAGCAGGCCCUACAUCUCAAGCAAAAAAACAUCAGCAACGCACUCACCAGCUUUCGUUGUUUGUGACAUGGACAUGCUAUAGCACAUCAGGGCCUGUACUGUGGCUGAGGCACACAGGGAGCAAGGAGACACUGCCUGGGAACUGUCUGUUGAUGAGCUGGAAGCAUUCAUUUCAAUCCUGGAUGUCCGUGGAGCAUUCGGUGGAAAGAGUGUAUACCUGUAUAUGGAGAGCUUCUGGUCAGACAUGUAUGGGAUACAUUUCUUUGGAGAAACCAUGUCAUGGGAUGGCUUCAGAGUGAUCAUGCGUUACCUCAGUUUUGAUGACAAAGAACAGUUGAACAAAGAAUCGAUUGAACAGUUAAUUUUUUACAUGUAGCCUACAGUAACAUAAAGUAAUGAAAAUGCUGAAAAAAAAUCGUAUUCUAAUGUUACCUUCAUGAAUACAACCAAAUCAUUAUUUUAGCGAUAGCAUAUAUGAAAUGUAUUAAUUACACUGUUAGAAUGUUGCAGUCAGAAUGACUGCUCGUUAGCUUGAAGGGGGUCCCUAUUUCUCACGUUCGAGACGUGAGAAAUACAAGAAUCUCUGAAAUGUCUCAUUUAGGCUAAUCUGUGUCCAAGAAACCAUUCUCUUUUAUCGUCUCUGCAUCUGUCCCCCUCAUUCUCUCUCAAGUUGUUGAACUCUCUUUGUCCUUGUCACUCUCUUUCCUCCUGUCUUUCUCCCGCUCUCUUUAAAAUAGGAAAAGCACUCACACAUCUGAGGUUACUUGUUGCAGGUGCGUGGGAAUUAUUCGAUGAUAACUUAAUAGAAAAACAUUUACUUGCACACUGCGCUUGCCGGUAUCAGUUGUGUUUAUUUAGCUUAUGUAUGCAUGGUCGCCUUCAGAGCCUUUUUUAGAGCUUCUCUCUCUCUCUCUGUCUCUGUCUCGCUCUCUCUCUCUCUGUCUGUCUCUGUCUCGCUGUCUCUGUCAAUCAAUCAAUCAAUUUUAUUUUAUAUAGCCCUUCUUACAUCAGCUAAUAUCUCGAAGUGCUGUACAGAAACCCAGCCUAAAACCCCAAACAGCUAGUAAUGCAGGUGUAGAAGCACGUCUCUGUCUCGCUCUCUCUCUCUCUGUCUCUGUCUCGCUCUCUCUGUCUCGCUCUCUCUGUCUCGCUCUCUCUGUCUCUCUCUCUCUCUCUUUCCUUCUAUUAAUGAAGCCUCUGUGUCUCCUAUGUCUAGUGUGUUCUAUAGUCGUCCUUCCUCCCCCAAGAGUGACUCCGAGCUGCUGGUGAAGCCUCAGGAGUCCUCAGGGCCUCAGAUGCAGUGGAACUGGGGCGGCUUUCCCAAGGUAUGAUAUAACAGAGCAUACAGGUGUCAUAACGGGACAUACAGGUGUCAUAACAGGACAUACAGGUGUCAUAACAGGGCAUAUAGAGGCCAUAACAGGGCAUACAGGUGUCAUAAGUUGGUGUAGAAAGUUUGUACUGAAGAAAUUCAUAACCACACUACUUUGUUUUCCCUGCUCCCUCUAGAUGUGUUCGGCGGAGAGGGGGACGGUGGAGGUGCAGCGCGUCUCCCCCGGCAUCCACUGCUCGGACAGCUCCCACUUCCGCACCAUCCAGUGGCAGGACUCCUUCGACAUGGGCCAGGAGCCCGGUUUCAGCUGUGGCCGAGCGAACAGUAGCGUGACGGUAGUGGUCAGGCCCAAGCCCAGGACCGGACCAGCGGUCCAACCCACAGAGAGUUCCCCCAUAGACCUGGAGAGAACCUCUAAUGUGGCCCAAUCCACCCCAAAUCACCCCACCGCAGAGCCACUGACUUUAGCAUUGUUAGCGAUGGCUAGCAUAGACUCUCCCCAGGCUCCAGGGCAUACAAAAAAGCAGCCCCAAGUAGAGACCCUGCAGGCAGGGGAGGAGGUAGCCAAGGAGUCUGCAUCCAACCUGGAGCUGGAAGAGACAAGAACCGUUAUGGAUAACACAGUUAGCAUGGCUAAUGUAGGAAAUAUUGAUGGCCUAGCUAGCGAAGGAAGCAUAGGCGAUGUUGAAUGUGUAGCUAACACGGUUAGCCUAAUUGAAAACGACUGCAUGGACACACACAUCCCAUCCAAAAAAGGUAGCAAAGCCGGCACAACCAGCACAGAUAGGCUAGCUAGCAACAGCACAGCUACUUUAGCAAACACUGCUAGCUUAGCUAACACCACUAGCUUAGCCAAUGCAGCUAGUUUAGCCAGUGUAGCAGGUCCCAACAUUACCACAGAGUUUCUGGGUACCAUAGAACACCCAGACCAGUACAGUGCCUUACCAGAAACCAAUGGACAGGGGUUUGCAGAAGGAGUUGUGAGUGAGGGCGACAGCGGGAUCAAGCCCUGCACCGAGGGAGGGGAGGAGACGGAGAACAAAUCUGUUAUGAUGGACAGAGCCACAGAGAGCUCCCUGACCAAUCAGGCUGCAGAGAGUGUCGGCGUGACAGACAUGGGAGCCACUGAGGCUCUGGGUGAGGAGCAUUCUGGCUCAGCAGAUACGACAGGCAAAGCAGAGCACCAGGACAAGAAGAAAGGUGAGAACUCUGGGAGAAACAAAUCUACCCAUAAUCAAUUCCAAAUUAACGCCUAGUCUCACUCCCUAAACCCUAGGCACUUAUCCCUUAGAUCUGAGAGGAUUUGACGGGUAUAAGCAUUAUGUUAAUAGCUUCAAGAGGAUUUGUGUUGUUUUUGACCUAACUUUGAAUUGUAUGGUGGUUCUCUGUGCUCAGUCUCUGUGCUGUUUGAACACAGGUAAACGCAGUCAGCACCUGGGACCCUCCGACAUCUACCUGGACGACCUGUCUAACCUUGACCCAGAGGUGGCAGCUCUCUACUUCCCGCCUAAAGGGUAAAGGGCUCCUUGCUCUGAUUUCUUCCAUCCCUCCCUCCCACAAUGUAUUCAGUGUUCAUAAAUGAUAGGUGAGAGCAUAGGUUCCACCAUAGAGCUACUUAAAGUUAGAAUAGACAUGCUCUUAAUCCAUGAGUUUUUCAUGUCACUGUUUUUUUUUAUAUGAUGAUUUGGUUUUGGUAUCUCCCAUGGGUAAAUAUGAAUGGAGGUCAACAGGCAAUAGAUUUCAUAAUAUGCAGCCCAACAUAUGUCUCAAUAUGACCCAAGUUCCUAGUUGGCAUGCCUUUCCGCAAUCCACACUUACUCAGAGUCAAGGAUUACACACAUCGAUGAACUCUGUGUGGAUAAUGUAGAAGGAUGCAUUCCCUAAACUGAUCAUAAGAAAUGUUAUCUUAUCUGAGGCUUGACUUUGUCCUCACAAGGCAGGUCACACUGGUAAGGACUUACAUAAGAUAUCAGAGACUGUGUCGCAUUUCUGAGUGUUUUUCAAAGUUAGAAGUCUUAUUGAUCCCACAGUUAAAUACCAAUCGGAUCUCAGUCACUCGUUCUAUUUACAGUCAAUUCCUGGGCCUGUUUUCAUAAAGCGUCUGAGGUGCUGAUCUAUGGUCCAUUUGAACUUUUAGAUCACAAUGAACAAGAUCACAUGAACAGGGGGGACUCGAUCCUGGAUCAGCACUCCUACUCUGAGAAGCUUUAUGAAAAUGGCCCAUGAUAAAUGCAACAGCUUGGAACUAGUCUUUUCACCCAUUAUAAUUAUGAAAUAGUAGCGUUAGAUUAUGAAUUAUUUAUUUGGAAGCAGGUUCGGGGUCAAUUCCAUCUUAACUCAGGCAAUUCACUAAGUAAACUCAAAGGCAGAGUGGUAGAAGAUUUUCCCUCUCCUCUCCAUUUAGUGAGACAGAAGGGGGCUUGCGGCCGGGUGCAGAGCAAGGGUCUGGGUCUGGGUCUGGUAACCAGUCUCCCCAGUCGGUGGGCAGCGGGGCCAUGGACAGCGGCACAGAGUACCUGUCGGACUCCACCACCGACCACAUGGAUGUCAGCAUGUCCCUCUGCGGCCGCACCGGCCACACCAGCCAAAUCAACAAAGGUGUGUGUGUGUGAGAGAAAGCGAGCGAGAGAGAGGGAGAUAUUGGAAGUACUGUAUGUAUAUUUCUGUACAGCUGUGUAUGUCUCAUUGAAGUACACAUUUUCCUCACUGUUUGCUGCUCCUAAAGAUGGUAUUUCUCAAGCUAGUGAGCAAACAAUGAAGACAGUCCUUUUUAGAUGAAAUAAAUAUUAAGUAGGGGAUAAUCAAUGAGGGGCUAUGUGUUCUGUGGAACAUAAUGCAUGACGUGAAAGGUGUGUGCCACGACGCGCUAGCAGAGUUGCAUUAUUUUCCGGACAGUGUAAUUAUGACAUUAACACGUCAUGGUAUUUUGCGGAAGUUGUUGUCCCACGACUCCCGCAUAUCAACCAAUCAGCAUUCAGGAUCCAAACAACCCGUUUUAUAAUGGGAAAUAAUGCACGCUCUAGAAUGCCCUUCAAGCCAAUAAAAAAAAGAGAGUAUUCAACAAUGCCAUGGUACUCAUGGGUUGCACCACUGUCGCUCGGUCGUGUCGUUGCCAUUGUUAUCAACGUUCUACAGAUGUCCCAGCCACAUUGAUAUCCAAAAGUAGAACGAGGGCUAAUGACUUUGAAUGGGAGCUAUGACUGUUUCGCCUAAAUUACACUGUAAUGGCUUGGAAAUACGAUGACAUUGCUAAAGUAGGCAAAUAUUUAGUAGGUAACAGCUUUGCCAUCAUGUCGUCAAGUUUACUUUAGACAGAAGACAAUGUUGUCAUUAGCCAUCAAAGUCUGUCAAAAAAAGAUACAAAUGCUGACUUUAGCUAGCUAAAAUCCGGUGGUCUCUGCUCCAUCUAAGCAGGCUAGCUAGCUAACGUUAUACUGCAACUAAAGUCAAUCUGGCGACAUCAAAGUGAUGACACAAGGUUUUGCUACUAAUAAUUUACCCUUAGAAAUGGCAUCAGGUUUUUAAGCCACAGUAAUGCACUUUAGACCAUAUCUUUAUCAGCACCUAUUGAGGAUAUAUUGAAUAGAAUGUUCAGUUGGCCAUCUGUCCUAAAACAAACGUUCAAAACAAUAUUGUGACAAUGUGCAGCUCAUGAAUGACGUGUUAACUUAUGUUUUGUUUACCCAUUUGUAUUGAUGAAACUUUCUCUAUUGCCAUGUCCCUCUGUUCCAGAUAAGUUUAUGGAGCAAGUUGUGAACUACCAGGAUUUGGUGAGCAACCCUGGAAUCAUCGAAGAUCCAAAUCUGGUUAUCUGCAUCAACUCAAAGUAAGUUCCAUAUAUGGUAAUGAUAUACAAUACAUCUGAUCUUGUGGUUCUGCCAUUAUACUGUAAGAUUUGUAUAAGUCUCUGUCAGUUGACUAAUUGUGUUUUUUGGUGCUCUUUUAGGUAUUAUAACUGGGCAGUAGCUGCCCCUAUGGUCCUGUCAAUGCAAGUCUUUCAAAAGAAUCUACCAAAGGUAUAUCACGAUCUCUCACCAGCCUAAACCUACUCCAUUGUAAUACUUUUAAAUGUAUGGGUAUACCAGGGCACACUUCAGGGGUGCGUUCAGUUUGAUUCAACUUUUGCGUGACGGUUUGUACUGAAUGACACGUUUCCCCAAAACGGUGUGCAGCGUUCUUCAACAGCUUUUGAGGUACGUUUGCUCCCGUUUGGUGGGUGUGGCAAUGGUUGGCCCUAUGUUUUGGCUCGAUCAAUAUGGGUGUGACCAUUUAACAUAGUCCCGUGUGGCUCAGUUGGUAGAGCAUGGCUCUUGCAACGCCAGGGUUGUGGGUUCAAUUCCCACGGGGGACCAGUACGAAAAUGUAUGCACUCACUACUGUAAGUCGCUCUGGGUAAGAGCGUCUACUAAAUGAUUAAAAUGUAGUAAAACAACUGCAGCACACCAUUGUCGUGACAUGACUUUCAUUAUUGUGAUGACUAUUAUUUAUCUAAUAAUGACCUACUAUGUUUAGUUGUUACUAGAUUAAAAUUAAUCAUGUAACAAUUAACUCAUUAGGAAUUUGGGGCACCACGGGAAAAGUUGUUUAACAAGUUACCGUUUCCCGAAUUAACUCUAAAGAUAUCUAGAUAUCUCUUAACAGUCAUGUAUUAAUCAUUUUACCUCAUAUCAGUCUCAUUCUGAAAGUCAUAGGCUCUAAGUCGGCACGAACCCAGCUUUUACUGAUCAUUCCGUACCACACAAAUGUAUUUUAAUUAUUUAUUAACUAACUAUUUAAAAAUGAUAACAUAAGAUAUAAACACGUACACGGUAUAGGUAGGGAUUAGAAACUUAAUACAAUGAAAACGGGUCCCUAGCGGACUAACAUAAUAUGACACUUGUUACAAAAGAUGGCGAGUUAAAGGGAGCGAGAGAGAAAACACUUGGAUACACAUGGACCUAUGCUCACAGUAAUCCUAAUACUUUUCCCAGAACUGCUGCCUGUUUGGGAAGAAAAACAAUGCAUGUAUUUACGUGUUGGAGGUCUUCGUCGUGUAUCUUUGUUGGACCCAGGCCUUCGUGGGAAGGGGUCGAUUGGGCCUUCUCUUUCGGAUGGCCUUUUAGAUUUAACGCUCAGAUUGUCCACAAGAGGUCACAAUGUCCUUCUUCUUGGUUGUCUGUUUACUUUCACUCGUUCUGGAAGUGGUCUUCUGAGGACGGCUAAUCAGCCGUGUCGAUGAUCCCCUGUGGGGUGACGAGAGCAGUGUAGUAGAUAAUGACUUGAAGAGAGUAACACGAUGGUCCCACUUAAAUUCACCUUCUUAAAUACAGUACUUAGAACAGCUACUCAGCCGUAACAUUGAUUGUUAGAGAGGCAACUUUGUCGUCUCCACCUCGUGUUGAUUUUCAGGGUCGGGACCAUUAUGGACAAAAGCUGCAGCUUGAGGUCCAUCUAGUCUGAUCUGAUAAUUCUUUCGAUCUUUUAUGCACUCUGUUAAAGAGGGGCGUCAUACUGACACGCUCUCUGAGCUCCCUCGGGCGUGGCUAGUUACGAGGCAAACGUAUUAUCAUCACUAUGAUUUCGUUAGAAAGCUAAAAUCACAUUCCUAUCUUCACGAAAACAUUGUCUUCCUCCUUGAUAUUUUCUACACAACGUAAAGGAUGUAAAUCUGAAAUACACAGUGUAAAAGCUCUUCAAGUCACAAUGUUUUUGUUAUAACGCCUUUUACAGUGAGGGAAAAAAGUAUUUGAUCCCCUGCUGAUUUUGUACGUUUGCCCACUGACAAAGACAUGAUCAGUCUAUAAUUUUAAUGGUAGGUUUAUUUGAACAUUGAGAGACAGAAUAACAACAAAAAAAUCCAGAAAAACGCAUGUCAAAAAUGUUAUAAAUUGAUUAGCAUUUUAAUGAGGGAAAUAAGUAUUUGACCCCUCUGCAAAACAUUACUUAGUACUUGGUGGCAAAACCCUUGUUGGCAAUCACAGAGGUCAGACGUUUCUUGUAGUUGGCCACCAGGUUUGCACACAUCUCAGGAGGGAUUUUGUCCCACUCCUCUUUGCAGAUCUUCUCCAAGUAAUUAAGGUUUCAAGCCUGAUGUUUGGCAACUCGAACCUUCAGCUCCCUCCACAGAUUUUCUAUGGGAUUAAGGUCUGGAGACUGGCUAGGCCACUCCAGGACCUUAAUGUACCUCUUCUUGAGCCAAUCCUUUGUUGCCUUGGCCGUGUGUUUUGGAUCAUUGUCAUGCUGGAAUACCCAUCCACAACCCAUUUUCAAUGCCCUAGCUGAGGGAAGGAGGUUCUCACCCAAGAUUUGAUGGUACAUGGCCCCGUCCAUCGUCCCUUUGAUGCAGUGAAGUUGUCCUGUCCCCUUAGCAGAAAAACACCCCCAAAGCAUAAUGUUUCCACCUCCAUGUUUGACGGUGGGGAUGGUGUUCUUGGGGUCAUAGGCUGCAUUCCUCCUUCUCCAAACAUGGCGAGUUGAGUUGAUGCCAAAGAGCUCGAUUUUGGUCUCAUCUGACCACAACACUUUCACCCAGUUCUCCUCUGAAUCAUUCAGAUGUUUAUUGGCAAACUUCAGACGGGCCUGUAUAUGUGCUUUCUUGAGCAGGGGGACCUUGCGGGCGCUGCAGGAUUUCAGUCCUUCACGGCGUAGUGUGUUACCAAUUGUUUUCUUGGUGACUAUGCUCCCAGCUGCCUUGAGAUCAUUGACAAGAUCCUCCCGUGUAGUUCUGGGCUGAUUCCUCACCGUUCUCAUAAUCAUUACAACUCCACGAGGUGAGAUCUUGCAUGGAGCCCCAGGCCGAGAGAGAUUGACAGUUCUUUUGUGUUUCUUCCAUUUGCGAAUAAUCGCACCAACUGUUGUCACCUUCUCACCAAGCUGCUUUGCGAUGGUCUUGUAGCCCAUUCCAGCCUUGUGUAGGUCUACAAUUUUGUCCCUGACAUCCUUGGAGAGCUCUUUGGUCUUGGCCAUGGUGGAGAGUUUGGAAUCUGAUUGAUUGCUUCUGUGGACAGGUGUCUUUUAUACAGGUAACAAGCUGAGAUUAGGAGCACUCCCUUUAAGAGUGUGCGCCUAAUCUCAGCUCGUUACCUGUAUAAAAGACACCUGGGAGCCAGAAAUCUUUCUGAUUGAGAGGGGGUCAAAUACUUAUUUCCCUCAUUAAAAUGCAAAUCAAUUUAUUACAUUUUUUACAUUCGUUUUUCUGGAUUUUUUUGUUGUUAUUCUGUCUCACUGUUCAAAUAAACCUACCAUUAAAAUUAUAGACUGAUCAUUUCUUUGUCAGUGGGCAAACGUACAAAAUCAGCAGGGGAUCAAAUACUUUUUUCCCCCACUGUAUACCAUUUUUAUGACAUCACAAAAUAGACAUUAAUUUUCCAUAUUCCAUUUCUCAUCAUUCCCAACGUCUGGAUGUUGAAAUAUAUUGUCCCAAUGUUCAUUGUUGGAUGUUGAAGUUUUUGGGCGGCAAGAAGUCUCUGAAACAAAGGCCUUCCUUUCACCAUACUAGAAUGCCAGAGAUAGAUUCUCCUCCUCUCUAAUUUAUGGCAGUAUUAAGGUGUCAAGACCGGCAAAGCCCCCCUGUGGGUAGGAGGGUCUGGUUGUUGUCGGCCAUUUCCCAAGCUGAUGUGAGUCCUUUAAUCCUCACCCAGGGAGAGUCAUGACACCAUUCACAAAUGCCCUCUGGGCCACCAUAAUUACAACGUUCUUCAACUGGUCCUUCAAAACAGUACCGUUUCCAUUGAACUAAAUGUUGCACACCGUUCUGUCGUACUGAACGCACCCCAGGAGAAAGGGCCGAUAUUUGGGAAGCAGGGAAAGUGGUGGCAGGUGUGAUAUGACCUUUAACCUCGUGCUGUCUGUCUCUGUCUGUCUGUAGAGUGCCAUUGACCAGCUGGUGAAGGAUAAGAUGCCAAAAAAGUCUGGCCGCUGGUGGUUCUCCUGGAGGAGGAAGGACAUGGACACUAACCCAAACCAGGUAGCCUAUCACAGUAGACACGAAACUGAAAACUGCAAGGUACUAUCUGAAAUUGUCCCAUAAGAAACCAUUGUUUUUGUUUUCUGUUGCAAAAUGUUAUGCUACGGUGUGACCUAAUGAACACCCCAGCCGUUGCACAUACAGUAUUUGUCCCAGUCUAGCACCAGCACACCUUCAUUUCACAUUUUAGUUGGAUUGGAAUGUCAUGAAUCGUCAUCUUAUUGAAGGAUAAUGGGUAAAGAGCUGCUUAGCUUUAAUUUGUAACUAUAUUUUUCUCUGUCUGUCUUUACUACAGACUGGAGAGAAUUCCAAGCAGGACCAAGAGAAGGCACAAGCAGAGACUGAAGAAGCCUCAACCUCUGUUUCUGGUCCCUCAACAACGAUACUGUGAGUGAUCACACACAGACGCACAUUGUUCCACAUGCGGAACUCAAAUGCACGUUUUACCCAAAAGAGUUCCAUGAAAAUGUUUGAUUUUGGCCUUUUUGGUUUCUUUUGGAAAAAUUACUUGUGUAUUCCAUUAGCUACCUACCAUAUGGUGAGAAGUAAGACCAUGUGCUAAAAUCGUGCGUGUGUAUGUGUGACUGUCCAGGGCGACUCUCGAUGACCUGACUAGCGACGAGGAGACGGGCCUAGGCAGAGAGGGCAGCCUAUCAUCAGAGACCAUAGAGACCAGGACCACUGCCCAGUGUUUCAGCCAGAUGUACCGCAAGUCCCUACGCCUCACCUCCGAUCAGAUAGUAUGUCAUCACUGCCACACACACACACUACCACUACCUCAUGAUCCCUACCCUGUGGUAAUUUCCCUGCCCUCUCAGUAAGCCAUCUUAACCUUGUGAUUGUGUUGUGGUCAGGAGCGGUUGAACCUACGGGAGGGGGCCAACAAGGUUGUGUUCAGCGUGACCACUCAGUACCAGGGCACCUGUCGCUGCGAGGCCGCCAUCUACCUGUGGAACUGGGACGACCGCGUCGUCAUCUCAGACAUCGAUGGCACCAUCACCAAGUGAGCUGAAUGCUUUCACCAAGUGCUACUGAAUGCCUUUAGGGAUGGUUUAUCACGAUCAGAGCACAGUAUGAUGUGUGUGUGUGCACCCAAAUACAGUGGGGUCCGAAAUGAUUAACACCGUUGAUAAAGAUUAACAGUAAUGACUGUAUAAAUUAAAUAAUUAAAUACUGAGCUAUAUUGUAUGCUCCAAAAAAUUGGGAAAUUAUUUUAUACUAAUCAAUUGCUCAGAGAAAGAGAUUUUGUUUAACAAGUAAAAUAAACUAUUCUCAGAAAGGUAGUGGUCAUAAAAUAUUGACACUCCAAAAGAUUCUUAUAAAUAAAGUAGUUAUACUUAAUAUAAAAUGACUCAAGUGAAAGUCACCAGUAAAAUACUACUUGAGUAAAAGUCUAAAAGUAUCUGGUUUUAAAUGCACUUAAGUACAGUUGUGGGGAAAUUAUUCAAUUGUCAUACUUAAAAACAUUCAAUUCCUUAUAUUACGCAAACCAGACAGCACAAUUGUCAUUGUAUUUAUUUACGAACAGCCAGGGGCACACUCCAGCACUCCGACAUCAUUUACAAACGCAGUAUUUGUGUUUAGUGAGUCGCCAGAUCAGAGGCAGUAGGGAUGACAAGGCGUUAUAUUGAUAGGUGUGUGAACUAGACCAAAUUGCUAUCCUUCCUGAGCAUUUGAAAUGUAAUGAGUACUGUAAAGGAUUUUUACUUAGUUACUUUUGUGCAGACUGUCAGCUUUAAUUUGAGGGUAUUUUCAUCCGUAUCUGGUGAACCGUUUAGAAAUUACAGCACUUUUUGUACAUAGCCCCCCCAUUUUAGGGAACCAAAGUAUUUGGACAAAUUCACUUUAAUAUACAGGUAUGUGUAUUAAGAGUCAAACGUUUAGUAUUUGGUCCCAUAUUCCUAGCACGCAAUGACUACAUCAAGCUUGUGACUCUACAAACUUGUUGGAUGCAUUUGCAGUUUCUUUUGGCUGUGUUUCUGAUUAUUUUGUACCCAAUAGAAAUUAAUGGUAAAUAAUGUAUUGUGUCAUUUUGGAGUCACUGUUAUUGUAAAUAAGAAUAUAAUAUGUUUGUAAACACUUCUACAUUAAUGUGGAUGCUAACAUGAUUACGGAUAAUCCUGAAUAAAUCAUGAAUAAUGAUGAGUGAGAAAGUUAGAAGGUCAAAGAUCAUACCCCCAAGACAUGCUAUCCUCCGCUGUUAUUGGUAAUGGUGAGAGGUUAGCAUGUCUUGGGGGUAUGAUCUUUGACCUUCUAACUUUAUCACUCAUCAAAUAUCAUUUUAAUUGUCACAUGCUUACCUUCCCAACAAUGCAGAAUACAAUAAAGAAUAACAAAUAAAAAUAGGAAGAACAAAAGAGACACACAAGGAAUAAUUACACAAUGAGCAAUGAUAACAUGGCUAUAUACAUGGGGUGCCAGUACCGAGUCAAUGUGCAGGGGUAUGAGAAUUGAGGUGGAUAUGUAUGGGUAAAAUGACUAGGCAACAGGAUAGAUAAUAGACAGUAGCAGCAGUGUAUGUGAUGAGUGUGUGUGUGUGUUCGAGUGUAAGUACACUACAUGACCAAAAGUAUGUGGACACCUGCUCCUCGAACAUCUCAUUCCAAAAUCAUGGGCAUUAAUAUGGAGUUGGUCCCCCCUUUGCUGCUAUAACAGCCUCCACUCUUCUGGGAAGGCUUUCCACUUGAUGUUGGAACAUUGCUGCGGGGACUUGCUUCCAUUCAGACACGAGUUUAGUGAGGUCAGGCACUGAUGUUGGGCGAUUAGGGCUGGCUCGCAGUCGGCUUUCCAAUUAAUCUCAAAGGUGUUCGAUGGGGUUGAGGUCAGUGCUCUGUGCAGGCCAGUCAAGUUCUUCCACACCGAUCUCGACAAACAAUUUCUGUAUGGACCUUGCUUUGUGCAUGGGGGCAUUGUCAUGCUGAAAUAGGAAAGGGCCUUCCCCAAACUGUUGCCACAAAGUUGGAAGCACAGAAUAAUCUAGAAUUGAAUUUUAUGCUGUAUCGUGAAUAUUUCCCUUCACUGGAACUAAGAGGCCUAGCCCGAACCAUGAAAAACGGCCCUAGAUAAUGAUUCUUCCUCCACCAAACUUUACAGUUGGCACUAUGCAUUGGGGCAGGUACAAACCCAGAUUCGUCCGUCGGUCUGCCAGAUGGUGAAGCGUGAUUCAUCACUCCAGAGAACGCGUUUCCACUGCUCCAGAGUCCAAUGGCGGCGAGCUUUACACCACAGCCGAUGCCUGGCAUUGCACAUGGUGAUCUUAGGCUUGCUCGGCCAUGGAAACCCAUUUCAUGAAGCUCCUGAAGAACAAUUAUUGUGCUCACGUUGUUUCCAGGGGCAGUUUGGAAGUCUGUAGUGAGUGUUGCAACCGAGGACAGGCGAGUUUUACGUGCUACGCACUUCAACACUCGGCGGUCCCAUUCUGUGAGCUUGUGUGGCGUACCACUUCGCGGCUGAGCCGUCGUUUCCACUUCACAAUAACAGCACUUACAGAUGACCGGGGCAGCUCUAGCAGGUCCGAAAUUUGAUGAACUGACUUGUUGGAAAGAUGGCAUCCUAUGACGGUGGCACGUUGAAUGUCACUGAGCUCUUCAGUAAGGCCAUUCUACUGCUGAUGUUUGUCUAUGGAGAUUGCAUGGCUGAGUGCUUGAUUUUAUACACCUGUCAGCAACGGGUGUGGCUGAAAUAGCUGAAUCCACUAAUUUGAAGGGGUGUCCACAUACUUUUGUGUAUAUGUAUGUGUGUGUGUGUGUGUGUGUAUAUAGAAGCUGUUCAGGUGUCUUUUGGUCCCAGACUUAGCGCUCCGGUACCAUUUGCCGUGUGAUAGCAGAGAGAACAGUCUAUGACUUGGGUGGCUGGAGGCUUCAACAAGUUGUAGGGCCUUCCUCUGACACCGCCUGGUAUAGAGGUCCUGGAUGGCAGGAAGCUUGGCCCCAGUGAUGUACUGGGCCGUACGCACUACUCUCUGUAGCACCUUGCGGUCGGAUGCCGAGCAGUUGCCAUACCAAGCAGUGAUGCAGCCAGUCAAGAUGCUCUCAAUGGUGCAGCUGUAGACCUUUUUGAGGAUCUGAGGGCCCGUGCCAAAUCUUUUCAGCCUCCUGAGGGGCUUGCCCACAUUGAGAGAGUGGUUGUUAUCCUGGCACCACACUGCCAGGUCUCUGACCUCCUCCCUAUAGGCUGUCUCAUCGUCGUUGGUGAUCAGGCCCACCACCGUCGUGUCAUUGGCAAACAUGAUGAUGGUGUUGGAAUCUUGCGUGGCCACGCAGUCGUGGGUGAACAGGGACUACAGGAGGGGACUAAGCACACACCCCUUUGGUGCCCCCGUGCUGAGGGUCAGCGUGGCGGAAGUGUUGCCUUCCUUCACCACCUGGGUGCGUCCCGUCAGGAAGUCCAGGAUCCAGUUGUAGAGGGAGGUGUUCAGUCCCAGGGACCUUAACUUAGUGAUGAGCUUGGAGGGCACUAUGGUAAUGAACGCUGAGCUGCAGUCAAUGAACAGCAUUCUCACGUAGGAGUUCCUUUUGUCCAGGUGGUAAAGGGCAGUGUGGAGCGCAGUAGAGUUUGCAUAAUCUAUUGAUCUGUUUGGGCUGUAUGCAAAUUGGAGUGGGUCCAGGGUUUCUGGGAUGAUGGUGUUGAUGUGAGCCAUGACCAGCCUUUCAAAGCAUUUCAUGGCUACAGAUGUGAGUGCUACGGGGAGGUAGUCAUUUAGACAGGUUAUCUUGGCGUUCUUGGGCACAGGGACUAUGGUGGUCUGCUUGAAACAUGUAGGUAUUACAGACUGGGUCAGAGAUGUUGAAAAUAUAAGUGAAGACACAUGCCAGCUGGUCAUGCUCUGAGUACUAGUCCUGGUAAUCUGUCUGUCCCUGUGGCCUUGUGAAUGUUAACCUGUUUAAAGGUCUUACUAGCAUCGGCCUAGCGGUUAGGAGCAUUGGGCCAGUAACCAAGCCGCCUAGGUGAAAAAUGUGUCUGCCCUUGAACAAGUUAGUUGCUUUGGAUAAGAGCGUCUGCUAAAUGACAACAUUUUAAAAUGUAAAUUAUUCACGAUUCAUUCAGGAUGAUCCGUAAUCAUGAGCAAUUGUAUUAGUAUAAUAUAAUUUUCAAAUUUUGAGUAUACAAUAUAGCUCAGUAUUUAAAUUAUUUAUUUUUUACAGUAAUUUUUGCUCAUCUUUAUCAAGGUGUCAAUAAUUUCGAACCCCUGUGUAUAUGUGUGUGUGUGUGUGUGUGUGUGUGUUCAGUGAUUUACGAAGUCUCUGCUUACUCGUCAUAGGUCUGAUGCUCUGGGGCAUAUCCUACCUCAGCUGGGGAAAGACUGGACACACCAGGGCAUCGCCCGACUGUACCACAAAAUACACCAGUAAGUGCCUAUGCUCACACCAGGGUCAUGUUCAGUAGGGCACACCGUAGCAAAAUGUUUUGAAACGAAAAUGAGCAUUUCUUGUUGGACACAUUUUCUUCUGUUUGAUACAUAAAGAACAUGAAGCAGCCUAAAGAUCCCCUCCAUUUUACUUUUACUGUGCAUGCAUUGGUGCUGAAACACUUGUCGUGACCAAAAAUUGUGACAUUGUGACACUUCCUGGUCUGAAUACGCCAUGCUGAGCUUCUCAUUGGAAGCUGUUGAUAACUGACAAGAAUUUUCUAUAUUUCUCUCCCUAUAUUUCUCUCACGCUCUUUCUCUCUCCCUCCUAGGAACGGCUACAAGUUCCUGUACUGUUCGGCACGGGCCAUCGGCAUGGCCGACAUCACCAAGGGCUACCUGCAGUGGGUGAACGACAAAGGCACCGUCCUCCCCAAGGGCCCCGUGCUGCUGGCCCCCAGCAGUUUCUUCUCUGCCCUGCACAGAGAGGUGGUGGAGAAGAAGCCAGAGGUGUUUAAGAUCGCCUGCCUCACCGACAUCCGAGACCUGUUCAAUCCCCAGAGGCAGCCCUUCUACGCAGCCUUCGGUAACAGGACCAACGUAAGCCCCACACACACGUACAGUACUAACACAGGCCGUGUCUGAUUCCCCGACUUGCGUCCUAUGAGAAAUUAGGUAUGAGAAAUUAGGACGUUUUAUAGUAUUUGAAAUUGUGAAAAGGUUGUGUGCUUUAAAUGCCAGGAUGUCAUGCUCAUUUCGGCUUUUCAUCUAGUAUAAUUCACUAUUGAGGAAGACCCACGUGUCUUUGACCACAGCUGUAAUCAGCUGAUAAUCAGAUAAGGGGAUGGGCUGUUCCAAAAUGAACCAAUGGCGGGAAACAACAUGCACUUUAGAUUACGCAUUCUCAGUAUUGGUGAGCCUAGUAUGUUGACAGGGCUUGACAUUAACGCUUGUCCAGGACAAGUAAAACAAAUUGUUCAUUCAGACAACUUAAAUCUAUAUUCUGCUUGUCCAACAAGUAAAAAAAUCACAAUAUCAAACAAUUACUCCGAUCAGUUGAGCAUUGCUCUCCCAAUCUCUGCAUAGCGCAUUGUAGUAUAAUUAUUGUAACGCGUAUGUGCAAGUGGGCCGUUGCUCGAGGAGAGAGAGAGGGAGAGAGGAACAUUGCAGUAGUUAGCCUAUGAAAUCAUGAUAGACAACAGACAGCCAAUUCAAAACAUAUCGUGUAGUCUGGCAAAUUUAUUUAGGUAGUUAACUGUUUAGCUAUUUGCAUGUAUUAAUGUAAUUUGUUAUGUCCUAUGCCCUAAAAACAUUUCACCAGCACUUGUGAAUAACCGCAAAUGGCCGACACGCAUUGGAACGGGUGCAUUCAUAAAACCAAUGCAACAUAGCCUACUUCGGUUGUAAAACUGUCUCUCAAGUGCUCAAUAUCAGGAGUUGAGAAAAACAUCUGACACUGUUGGAAAACUGGGAUUCCCCUCAAUUCAAUAUUGGCCAUGUAAUUUUGACAACGUUAAAGAAUGUUCUUAGAAUAGCCUAAUUGACAAAUGGCUCCCAUGCUGUCAAUAGAUCUCUCCUGAAACCUGAAUUGAGAGACAUUUGUCAAAAGUUUGUCUUAAAGUGGCGGUGUGGAAUUUUGAGACAGGCUUGAAUGCAAAAAGGGUAGCCUACAUUUUUGUCUGAUUCUUUGUAUGGCAAUAAUAAUGAUGAUGAUUUUUAUUUUGUAAAGUGGUUCCUUUCAACAUACAAUACAAUUUUCAGUCACUUUUUUGGCCAAUGGUGUUACAGACCAUUUUCUAUUUUUGGAAAGGUGACUUGAGCUUUCGGACAAGUAAAAACUCUGUCUAAAAAAAGUUAAUGUCAAGCCCUGGUUGAUAUUUGUUGCUUACUGUGUGGCAGUUCGGGCACACACACACACACCGCCGACUCACUUUCUAUGUGUUUGGCCUGUGUUUCUAAAUCCAUUCCCUGGGAGAUGGAUUGAGGUGUUUCUAAUAUAUUUUCAAUCAAGUUUGAUUUGAGUGUUGUUGUUAUUUCAGGAUGCCUAUGCUUAUAAGAAGGUGGGUGUCCCUGACACCAGGAUCUUCACUGUGAACCCCAAGGGAGAGCUCAUUCAGGAGAAGACCAAAGGGAACAAGUCAUCGUAAGUGUACUACCCAACAGAGAAGAGUGACAGUGGUCAGUCCACUCCUCAUAAGUGCACUUUGGAUAACACAUGCAGUACAGUUUUCCAGUCCCAAUUCAAUUACAUUCUUUAAAAAAGAUUGCUCAUGAUAACUGCAUGCUCUGGUUUAGAGCAUGCUGUCAUGUCAGGUCCAAUUCGCUGAAUAUACAGUAUCAGUUGACUCCUGAUGAGUAAAACUGAAUUCAUAGAGCUGCAAAGCUGCGAUGGCUCCAGCACAUUAUGCUCUUGUGUGUUUUGUGUGUCACAGGUACACUCACCUCUGCGAGCUGGUGGAGCACUUCUUCCCUGAGAUCUCCAAGGAUGGGACGUCAUCCUCCUUCCACUGCCCUGAGUACAGCCACUUCUCCUACUGGAGAGAGCCCCUACCACCACUGGAC